AUGGCCGGUAAAAUGGUCAAUAUCAGUGUCCUUGCCACAGAAGCAUUGAGUCCCACGACCACCGACGCGGUUUUCCUGCAGCAUCGAGCCCUUUUCACAGAAUUGUGUGCGCGGUGGAUUCAAUCUAGCGCGGAAACCGAAGCCAAGAUAGCGGCCUUUGGACGGCUACUACCGCUUGCGCCUCACCUUGCAGAGCACGUGGAACGCUUCCUAGCACACUCAUCAGCUUCAUGCCUGGUAGGAUCGCAUUCGUCACCCUCGUCCGAGAAUGGACUGGCUCUGACCAAAGAGUCUGAUUUACUGGAAAUCCUGCUGGGAGCUUUUCGCUUGUUGAGCUAUGACUGCAGAAACUUCGCCAGACAUGUUCGACCAGUGGCUUUGGAGAGUCUUUUUCAGCAUUCAAGUCGCCCUGUGCGAUAUCUUGCUAUACGGACUUACUGUGUCUAUGUGCACAUGGCAGAUGAUGCCGCACAAGCGUUUAUCAAAAGACAUGUCGGAGAAGGAGAAUGCGAAGGCCAAUGGGAGGGGCGUACCAUUGAUUAUCGCUUCCUUGCGUUAUGGGAAGAGAAGAGAUGGAGAGACUUGCAAAAGGAGUUGGCAAAAAUACCGUGCGAAACAGAGCAAUUGUACCCUACAUCUGUAUAUCGCGAACUUUCACCCUAUACCGUCAAUGUCCAUGGUAUACUACUUCCCCGUUUAGACGGAGCUUCAUCGCAAGAAACGCCAUCAAAGCUUGUAGCCACAGCUACCACAGAAACGAACCUCAAAAAUGUCGCCCAAGGCCUGCUGGGGUCUGGUCCGCUAUUACUUACCGGCCUUGCAGGAUCCGGCAAAACGUUGCUUACGCGACAGUUCGCCUGGCAGCUUAACAAACUUGACAAAAUGAUUACUCUGCACCUAAACGAGCAGAGUGAUGCAAAAUUGCUGAUUGGCAUGUACACGACAGGAGCGAAGCCCGGAACAUUCAGCUGGCGAGCUGGGGUACUUACGACGGCAGUCAAAGAGGGCAGGUGGAUUUUCAUUGAGGAUCUGGAUCGAGCACCCAACGAGGUCAUCAGUACACUUCUACCACUGAUCGAACGAGGAGAAUUGCUCAUUCCUAGCCGAGGAGAGACCGUACGCGCAGCACGAGGGUUUCGUAUCAUUGCCACGAUGCGAAGCACACUUAACCCACGAGGACAAGAGAUAGUGCCUCGCCAGAAUAUGAUCGGACAUCGAUUUUGGAAGUCAAUCACUAUACAUAUGCCACAGCUGGAAGAGUUCCAGCAAAUUAUACAUGUCAAAUAUCCUGUACUCCAAAAGCAUGUCGCUGACAUUAUGCGGGUAUAUUCACGUUUGGUGAAGCUGUAUGCCGAUGCCAAAUUUUCUUCGGAAAAUGGCACAUCAAUCCGAGCGAUGACGCCCCGGGAUUUGUUGAAAUGGUGUGACAGGAUUUCGGUGCUACUAGCUCAAUCAGCUUCUUUUAGUACUGAGAAGAAGGAUGAUAUGUUCAUGGAAGCUUUUGAUUGUUUCGCUGGCAGUCUCCAUAGCACACUUGCUCGGGAGAAGAUCAUGUCAUGUGUUGCUGAAGAGCUACACAUCGAUCCUCAACGAAGAGACCACCUUCUCAAGAACCGCACAGUCAAGCUUUCGAUUCCGUCAACGACUACAGCCUCUGGGACCAUACAGAUUGGACGAGCACGCUUAGCCAAACACAAAUCGACGAAGCGGAUGGGGUCUGGACGCCCAUUCUCCACCAACGACUACACGUUACGUCUGCUUGAGAAGGUAGCUGUAGCUGUGGAUCGCCAAGAGCCGCUCCUGCUUGUUGGUGAGACUGGGACCGGAAAGACAACAUGCAUCCAGUAUCUAGCCGAGCAACUUGGUCGAAAAAUGGUCGCAUUCAACUUGUCUCAACAGAGCGAGAGUGGCGAUCUCCUCGGUGGCUUCAAGCCUGUCAAUGUGCGGAGUCUUGUCAUUCCUCUCAAAGAUGAAUUCGACGAAAUCUUCGAUACGACAUUCUCAAGAAAGAAGAACCUGCGCUUUAUCGACAUGCUUGGUAAGCGUGUUGCCAAGGGCGAGUGGAAGCGCGUCUGCAAAUUAUGGCACGAGGCCCUGAAGAUGGUGGACGCAGCACGGAAGUCGCACGAGUCGCGGACUUCGUCACCCGACCCUGAUGGCGGGCAGCCCAAGAAGAAGCGCAAAACAGGCGCCUUGCCGGCGAAUUUCCCAACAGCUCGAUGGGAGAAAUUCGCUACCGAUCUCCAGCAACUCGAAGCGCAGCUUGCUAGUGGUUCCGAAGCAUUCGCUUUCUCGUUCUUAGAAGGCAACAUUGUAAAAGCUGUGAGAAAUGGUGACUGGGUUUUGCUUGACGAGAUCAAUUUGGCAUCAUCAGACACACUUGAAGCUCUCACAGAUCUUCUUGGCGGUGGGCCAGAUGGCAAUCCUUCCAUCCUCCUCACUGAAACCGGUAAUGUUGAGCGUGUGGUGGCUCAUCCUAACUUUAGAGUCUUUGCUGCAAUGAACCCUGCCACAGAUGUUGGCAAAAAAGAUCUACCACCUGGUAUCCGAUCACGUUUCACUGAGCUGUACGUCGAAAGCCCAGACAGCGAUGAGAAGAGUUUACGCAACAUCGUGGAGGCAUAUCUCGGUAGUGACAAACUUGAUCCCGCAGUUGUCAGAGCAGCGCGUGAUGUCACAAGUCUCUAUCUAGAGAUUCAGCAGCUUGCGAAAGCGAACAUGCUUGUUGAUGGCGCCGAUCAAAAAGCUCACUUUAGUUUGAGAACACUGACAAGGACCCUGUCUUACGCCAGGGAUAUUGCUCCCCUUUGCAGUCUCCGAAGAGCCUUGUACGAAGGUUUUCACAUGAGUUUCCUGACUUUUCUCGGCAAGGCUUCUGAAGACCUUGUUGCACCACUCAUCAUCAAACAUUUAUUUCCCCAGAAAGCUACAAUGAAAUCUGAGCUUGGAAAACCGCUUCAAGAGCCAUCGGAUAACCGUUCCUACGUUAGAGAGGGCCACUACUGGCUCCGUCAAGGUGCACACGCUGUCGAAGAGCAAUCACACUACAUCGUCACUCCAUUCGUUCAGCGUAAUAUGAACAAUCUUAUCCGAGCAGCUUCUACCCGCAAAUAUCCAGUGCUCAUUCAGGGGCCUACUUCUUCCGGAAAGACGAGUAUGAUUGAAUAUUUAGCCAAACGUUCAGGGAACAAAUUCGUUCGUAUCAACAAUCAUGAGCACACCGAUCUUCAGGAAUACCUUGGCUCCUAUGUAUCAGGCGCAGACGGAAAGCUUGUGUUUCAAGAAGGAAUACUUGUCCGAGCCUUGCGUGAAGGUCACUGGAUCGUACUUGAUGAGUUGAACUUGGCUCCAACCGAUGUACUAGAAGCUCUCAAUCGCCUUCUCGAUGACAAUCGAGAAUUGCUGAUUCCUGAGACGCAAGAAGUCGUCCGACCUCAUGACGACUUCAUGCUAUUUGCCACACAAAAUCCAGCGGGACUCUACGGUGGUCGCAAAGUCUUGUCUCGCGCCUUUCGUAACCGUUUCCUAGAGUUGCACUUCGAUGACAUACCAGUCGAAGAGCUUACUGAGAUUCUGCACCGGCGCACUAUGAUCCCCGAGACCUGGUGUAAACGCAUCGUCAAGGUAUACCGCGAGCUCUCAACACUGCGACAAGAGCACCGUAUAUUUGAGCAAAAGAGCUUCGCAACUUUACGAGAUUUGUUCAGAUGGGCGCAGCGGAAAGCAGAUACGAUCCAGGAUCUUGCCAAUAACGGGUACAUGCUUCUUGCGGAGCGUGUGCGCAAGGAAGACGAACGCACGGCAGUCAAGAAGAUUCUCGAAAAAGUCAUGAGCGAAAAGGGACCCAGAGUGACCAUUGAUGUCGAGCGAAUGUUUAGCGUCGAUGAAGCUCUCGCAGUGAAGGCUAAUGACGGGGUGGUCUGGACGCAUGCUAUGCGACGACUGUUCGUCCUUGUGUCGCAUGCUAUACGCAACAACGAACCAGUACUCCUGAUUGGAGAGACGGGAUGCGGAAAGACUACCGUCUGUCAGCUACUGGCCGACCAGCACCAAACCCAGCUGCAUAUCGUCAAUGCUCAUCAAAACACAGAAACCGGGGACUUGAUCGGUGCACAACGACCCAUUCGAAAUCGAGCAGCGAUUGAGGAUCUUCUAAGAGAGCGGCUUCUCCAUGUCUUACAAGGCGUGCAGCAAGAGACCAUGGAUGGAGAUAUAGCCAGGCUUAGAACUGAUGAAUUGCUGGCUUUAUAUGACCAGCUUGAUCUGGAAGUACGGGGUAGGAUAUCUGAUGUUGAUAUUGCAGCUAUUCAAACCCAAAGGUCCAAAGCCUCGGCGUUAUUCGAAUGGGUUGAUGGUAGCCUCGUAUAUGCGAUGAAGGCGGGUCAUUGUUUUCUCCUUGACGAGAUCUCGCUGGCGGAUGACUCAGUACUUGAGCGUUUGAAUAGUGUUCUUGAACCGUCACGGUCCAUCUUACUGGCCGAAAAAGGGCCCACCGACUCCCAGAUCACUGCUAAUGAUGGAUUCCAAUUCCUUGCUACCAUGAAUCCUGGUGGUGACUAUGGUAAGAAGGAGCUUUCACCAGCUCUUCGCAACCGGUUCACUGAAAUAUGGGUACCCGCCAUGUCUGACAUCGACGACAUACUACAAAUCGUACGCUCAAAGCUCCGAUCAGACUUGAUACAAUUCGCUUUGGCCAUUGUGUCAUUCUCACAAUGGUUCAACGACAAGUACAAUACCUCGGUGUCAUCUUCUGUCUCCAUUCGAGAUACUUUGGCUUGGGUCUCCUUCAUCAAUAAGUCAACCCACAGCGAUCCGAUCUUUGGUGUCGUUCAUGGUGCGGCCAUGGUCUUUAUCGAUACCCUAGGCGCGAACCCAGCCGGUCUGCUUGCUAUAUCCGCCACGUCCAUUCAAGACGAACGGAAAGCUUGUCUAUACCAACUCAGUAAGCUUCUAGGGCGUGACGUAACAUCGCUUUAUUUCAGCAAGGUCGACGUUGUCAACACAGAUUCAGUGUUCCAACUGGGAUCGUUUUCCAUACCCAAGUUCUCGUCUGCUGCGUCUGAGACGCUUAAUUUUUCCCUCGAAGCACCAACAACACGCUCAAAUGCAAUGCGCGUCGUUCGUGCCCUACAACUUGCGAAGCCAAUCCUUCUGGAAGGUAACCCAGGCGUUGGUAAGACAACGCUGGUGACUGCACUUGCAAAAGCCAUCGGAAAACCUUUGACCCGUCUCAAUCUGUCAGAGCAAACAGAUCUCAUGGAUUUGUUUGGUUCCGACGUGCCAGUUGAAGGGGGUGCAGCAGGCACAUUUGCCUGGCGCGAUGCACCGUUCCUCAAAGCAAUGAAGAAUGGCGAUUGGGUGCUUCUCGACGAGAUGAACUUGGCCUCACAGUCCGUAUUGGAGGGUCUUAAUGCCGUUCUUGACCACCGUGGUGAGGUUUACGUUUCCGAACUUGACCAAACGUUCCAUAAACAUCCUGAUUUUAGGGUUUUUGCCGCCCAAAACCCGCAUCAUCAAGGUGGCGGACGCAAAGGCUUACCGGCAUCAUUUGUAAACCGCUUCACAGUCGUGUAUGCGGAUGUCUUCCAUUCAGAUGACUUGUUUCUCAUCUGCAAAAAGGUCUUCCCUGCCAUUGAAGAAGACGAAGUAUCCAAAAUGAUUCGAUUCGUGGCGGACCUGGACGACCAGGUUGUGAAUCGGCGUACCUUUGGUAACUCAGGAGCACCUUGGGAAUUCAAUUUACGUGACACACUGCGUUGGCUCCAACUUUUGGCUUCGCAGGACUUCCCUGGUACGGCAAGAGACUUUCUUGACACCAUCUUCGUCCAUAGAUUUCGUACCGAGGCCGAUCGCGCACGGGUUCACCGGCUUUUUGAAAGCCAAUAUGGAGCUCACGAGCCGCGUAUCAGUCAUUUUCACAAUCUCAGUAGAAACGCUUUGCAGGUUGGUCUUGGCCUGCUACCGCGAAAAGCCACCACUACGAGUCCAGAUGCCAUCUCCGCUCUACAAGUCCGGCAACUGGGACCCAUUGAAGCGCUCCUGAUCAGUGUAAAGCAAAGUUGGCCCGUGAUAAUUGUCGGGCAAUCGGGCUCAGGCAAAACAAGCAUGAUCAAUCAGCUUGCAAGCUUCGUCGGAGCACAUCUUGUGACAUUUGCGAUGAAUGCGGAUAUAGAUGCCAUGGACCUUGUUGGUGGUUAUGAGCAGGUGGAUCCGACACGAGAGAUGCACCGAUGUAUGGAGAGGCUAGAAGACUUGGUUCGGAACAAGAUUGCAAGCAUCGAAAAGCAGUUGCCAGCAUAUACCGAACUACUCGAGCUUCUUCAGUCAGGCUCGCCCUUGAGUCAUUCCAAAAUCGACUUGUGUUUACACAGCAUCGCGCCGCAUGACCUCGAGGCAGCCAGCCUAUUGGAAGAGUUCCGAUAUCUCCAACAGUCUUUCGAUCAACAGAUUGAUGGCGCACGCUUUCAAUGGGUCGACGGCAUCCUCGUUCGUGCGCUUGAGCAAGGCAGCUGGCUUGUUGUUGACAAUGCCAAUUUGUGCUCCAGUGCUGUUCUCGAUCGACUGAACUCGCUUCUGGAGCCCAACGGCUAUCUCUCCAUCAACGAACACGCUACGGCCGACGGCGAAGCACGCAUCAUUCGGCCCCACCCCGAUUUCCGCAUCUUCAUGACCAUGGAUCCUAGAUUCGGAGAGCUCUCUCGUGCCAUGAGGAACAGAGCUGUAGAGGUCUGUCUACUUCAGCCAGAACAUGAUGUGUCGCAGUUUCAAGGCAAGGUCCUAGAGUAUCCACUGGAAUCAGCGAUGUAUCGGUUUCGUCAAUUCCAAGAACAUGAAGAGCAUUCGAGUAUGACGAUACAACAACAAUUUGAGAAUUUAGCCUAUACCGACCACGGUCUGCUGGAAAGCUUCGCUAAGCAGGUGAACCAGGACCUAAUCAAUUCAUCUGCGCAACUCGAGUCCAAUGGUGUCAAUGGGCAUGAUAUGACACAGGUAGCUGUCGCUGCGGUAGUGCCAAGCACGUUCAGAGAACGAUUUUCGCAUCUGGGAUGCUUCUUCGAGAGCGUAUGGGGCUCAAGUAUUCCGUCCCCUGCCCAAGAGAUCGACUCCAAAUUGCUAAAGGACCUCGUUGUGUACCAUCCGCUUGUCAAUGAGCGCUACCUCCACCGAAAUACUGCAACGAAGUCAUUGGGCAUGUGGUAUGGAUUCAUGUACGAUGUCAUGUUGGACCUUUACAAUAUGCAACAAGCGAUCCAGAGUUUACCAUCCGCCCGAUUUGAGCGUCGCAAAGAGAAACAGAAGCUACCAGCUUUUCUACAUGCUUAUUGGCAAGCGCUAGUCAAGGUUGUUGAGGGUCUCUGGGCUUCUCAUCGUGCUGGCGAGCAACUCGAAGCCAAUUAUCUCAAACCCCUAAGGAAGCUAUUCUGGGCUUUCUUUGCGCUCACUACUGCGAAAACAUUUGAUCGAGCGACGUUUCAAACAUACUUGAAAAUGCUAACAUCCGCCAUUCCCAGCAUCACCGAGGGAUCGACCCCGCUACCGGAGAUCUUAGGCUUGUCGCUGUCCAAGCAAGUCGCAGUGUUUGGCUCAGAUGUUCAAUUGACGACUGGUCUGGGCAUGGAAAGAAUUUGGCGCGCUUUCAAGCCUUUGACCCCGAAGACUCAGACACAAUUAAAGGCCAUCCUUGAGCUUGAGGAACUAGCUGACAGACUGGACGCUGUGAUCUGGAAGUCAAAGCUCAAGAUUGACGAGCUGGUUCAGAUCCGUGAGCGUAUUGCCAGCGCCCUUACUCUCGUACGCGAAGAUGACGCCAACGCGCGAGAGCUGAUUAUCGGGUUUGAGGGUGCUGUCCAGGAACUAGAGCAGAGUGUCGGUGAAGACGACGUGGUCAUUACACCAUACUUCGAAGAAGAAUUUGAGGGUCUCUGCCAGUUUCUCGAUGUCGCUUUCAGUGAAGAUGCACAACAGCUCUACACAUCGCCAGCAAGCGCUACUAUCAUGACACGCGCCAAAUCCGCCUUACUUGCUCGAAGAGCCACAAAACUCACCACAAUUGCCGUGGGAAGGUCCACGCGUCCUGUUGAUCACUUCGCGAAAUUAUCACGCUACCUUGGACUCACACGUCCAGCGGCUAAGGCUUUGGUUUUGGAGCGCCAGUUCCAUACCGCAAUACUAGGGAAGUUGUGUGGGGCUGAUGAAGUAAAACUUCUACAGCUUGAUCGAUUCGAGACUGAACUGCAGGUUCUCUCACAACAUCUUGCAACCGAUGCAGGCCGUAUCACAAAAGACCAGGAACCUGCUCUUGGCAGGUUGUUUUGCGCUAUCCGUGACAAGCUUAUCGAGACACAUUCAAAUGUGGUCAACAAUACAACUGAAGAACCGCAAUCGGAUGCGCCAAUCACUCCAGCACAACAGUCUCUACUCAGCGAAGGACUUGGAAACAUGUACAUGUCAGACACAGACUCUAUUGAUGCGGCGGCUUGGAUACAACUAGGUUUGUUAGGACUGCAACUUUAUGUCCCUAAUUACCCCCAUGAUCCUGCUCUGAGGCCUACAAUUGAGCGUAGGAUGUUCAACGAAGAAAAAUCUAGCCUGUUCGCAACACUCACGGUGUUGCAGCUAUUCCAGCUCGACUUGACCGGUGAGAAUACAAGUUUCCGGAUCCGCCAGGUUCAGGACGUAAUCGAGACAAUGGGAGCCGAGCCACCUGUGCCAGAAAUUGUUCGUCCCGAAGUCUCCGAGCUUGACAGUCUUCAGGGAGAGUUCACCAAUCUGCUCGGCACUAUUCAGCCUUUGCUGAAGGAGUCUAUGUCGAUUGAGGCCGCAAUUAAUGAUAUGACAUUGCAACAGAACGUCUUCCGUAUAAUUCAGAGACUUAGGGUGGGUUAUCGAGCGUACGAAGAUAUUACAGAUACUGCGGUAGGCUUUCUUACCUGCUUGGCCAUUGGCCUGGUGCUUGGAAGAACGGAGCAAGAAGAAAAGAUCUCCAGCGCUGUGAGCAGAAGCCUGGCGUAUAUUAGUCGAGAGACGCCGUUCUUCGGCCGUUCCCGGGUAUUUACGAGGUCGGAAGAUGACUUGCAGGAAAUCGAGAGCGCGUUAGGCCAAGGGUACUCAGCCGUCGACAUUCGCUGGCACGCACUGCACACCUUUUCAAUCCUCCAGAACGUGGACCCUUUGCUCAUGGACAGCUCAGUGGCCAGAAAUCUAUUGCAUGACCUCUUCUCCAGUCUGUAUGUUGACUGGAAGACGAAGCUCCAAGCGGACCAAGAGAAAGAGGCUAUGGACACUAGUUUGUACACGUACCGAGGGUUGGAUGAAGACAAUGAUGAGGAAGAUCCUACGUUGUUUCCGGACUAUGAAGUGGAACAGGAGGAGCAAGAUAAGCCACCUGUGGCACCUUCCAACGCCAGAGACCAUGCGAUCCGGCUUGCAAACAUACACGCCAAGCUCUUCCUACAAGCAUGCGAUGCAUCAGAAUCCAUGAAGAUCUUAUUGACAUGGUGUGCUGAGGAACUUAACCGCGCCUCAGGGGGCAAGAGCCAUGGGACGAAGCACGAGGAUGCCCUACCUGCGAUCUAUCUUGCACUGGAAAGGAGGGCAGAUGCACUUUCUACUUCGGGCACUGGCAAAGAAUACAACUUCUACUUCGAUGCCAAUCUCUCCGAAGCCAAGCGUUUUAUCGCGCUGAUUCACCGCGUUCAAAUUCGCUAUCGCCAGAUUCGAAACAUCUGGCCAGAACAUCAGACACUGUCAGACGUCCUGCGCACUUGUGACGAAGCUCUGGAGUUCCGACAUGUCGAUCCUGUUGCCAAAUUUAUCACAAAGGCCGAGAAGCUGUACACGUACAUGCAUGAGUGGCAGAAGGUUGCUAGUAGAGAGUACAGCACCGCCAACGUCUAUGAUGACCUGACCAAGCUAUUGGUGAGUUGGCGUCAACUUGAGCUUACUACUUGGGCGAAGUUGUUUGAUCUCGAAGAGACGAAGUCCCGCGACGAUGCCCGGAGUUGGUUUUUCGUAGCCUAUGAGACGAUCAUCGCAGCCGUGGAGGGCAUUGAGGAAGAGAAGGACAUUAAAGCUCAUUCAAAGAACCUACUCAAGUCACUUGAAGGGUUCUUUGAAGCCACAACUAUGGGUCAAUAUGAACAGCGCAUCAAGUUGCUAGAAUCGCUUCGUCAACACGCGGCGAUGCGCAUGCAAGAUGUCAAGUCUUUCUGCAUCAUACACACGGCAUUGGACAACUUCCUUGCAUACUAUUCUCGAAUGGAGAAGCCGGUCCAUGAAGCACUAACAAAGGGACGUCAGAGCCUCGAGAAGGAAGUCAAGGACGUCAUCAAGUUGGCGAGCUGGAAGGACACUAAUAUCGAGGCGCUGAAGCAAAGUGCAAAGACAAGUCAUCGCAAGUUGAGCAAGUUAGUCCGAAAGUUCAGGAAUCUCCUCAAUCAGCCCGCUUCCAGCAUACUACACGCAGGCUUCCCGGAUCGUAGCCACUCAUUGGUACCAGCAACUAUGUCAUCAGUCACAACGGCUACAAACGCUGAAGCCCUCGAGCUUUGUGCAGGUGCUGUAGAAGGCUGGCAAAAUCGGCCAAUGCGGUUCAAAAAUCUCGGUGUGACAGUUUCCAUGAUGCGCGGUUUCUCGACUGUCAAUAACGACAGUGUUGAUGGAGCAGCGUAUAUUGACGAAUUCAUCGCCGAUUUGGCGUCAUCAAUGGCUGAGCUUCAGAAAGCGACACCACCCACGCUGACGGAAGAAAACAAAGAGUCCGUGCAACAUCUCAAGACCCAGAAGCGUAAACUUUAUGCCGACACUAUGAAGGAGCUUCGUUUGAUGGGUGUCAAUUACAAUCUGAGCAUUGAUACACUCUCGAAACAGGAUGAGCUAUCCACGGUCUUGUCCACGAUGCCAUUAGUAUAUGGCCGCGGAGAGUUUGGCAAUGCAUCAGAGUACUACUUACACAAGUCUCUCAACACCAUGCCGCAAGUACGAAUGGUGUACAAAGAACACUCCGGCGACUUAACAGCCAAUGACGUGAACAAGAGCAUUGGGUAUCUGGAGGGCCUUUUGCAUAUAUCCAUUCGACAACGGGGCGUAUUGAGCAAGGCUAUGCAAAGUUUAAGAGAUAUCGAGACUCCUAUCGCUCUGAUCGCGGGCUUGUGCCAGUCUGCUGCGACUUCGUUAUCCCGGACUUCUCCUGAUCAGAUCGAGGCAAUGAACGGGUUACAGCCUCAGCUCAGAUGGCUCGCUGUGAUGAUCAAAACUGGUGCAGACAUCAUAUAUGCACAGGCAAAGCUUGGAAGGACAAACUGUCUCGAUUCUGUCCUUGUUUCAAUGCGCGAAUGGACCGACAAGCUUACCGAGCUGGCCGAUCGAUUCGAAGGGGUGCCAAAGUUACCCGCAUCCAUUGUCGCUGAGACCCAUAGAGAACUACAAGGGGCAGUCGCCUUGAAUCUCAGAGAGCUGCAGAUGACUUUCAGGGAUUGGCUCAACGAUGACAUUGCAAGGACAACGUUGAAGCACAUCCAGCCUUUCUUGCUUCAGUCGCCAUGGAUCGAGUCAAGCAAAUCAAUUCAAGAUACCAGUGUCACGAUGAAAGAAUACGCACAACGUAUUUACAAUGCUCUGGAUCUUAUCCUUGGAUCCGCACAAGAUGUCGAGGCUUCCCUGAAGGCCGUUCCAGCUUCGACGGAAGAUGCAACAUGGCUGGUCAAGGAAGAACAAGCACUAUCUACUGCGCUUAAUUCCUUACACCCCUCGCAAAUAACCGAUGCGUUACAAGGCCUUGUUGAAAACAUGCGCUUCCUCGGGGAGAGCGAGCAUUUGAGCACCGUUGCCGCUCUGUUUGUUUCCAUACGGCCCAUCUUGGAUCAACACAUUGCGACACACAACUAUCUCAUCGCCCGCUUCGAUGCGCUUCACGCUGCAACUGCAAAUCUUCUCUGUCGUCUACAGAAGUCAUUCAUCCAGAUCGGCACACAGGGCUUCUGUCAACCGCCAGAUAAAUCGAACAAACAGGAGCCAGGCAAAGACGAAAAACUAGAAUCUGGUACUGGUCUGGGUGAAGGAGAAGGUGCAGAAGACAUUUCGAAAGAUAUCGAAGAUGAUGAGGAUCUCGAUGAAUUGGCGCAAGAAAAGAAGGGAGAGCGCGAAGGCAGUAUUGAGGAGGAGGAAGACGCCGUUGAUAUGGGUGAGCAAGACAUGGAAGGCGAGACCGAAGAAGUUGGCGAGAAGGAGGACAAGGGUGAUGAAUCUGGCGACGAGGGUGAUGAUGACGUCCAAAGCGAAGUCGGGAGUGUCGAUGAUCUUGGCCCAAGCGCAGUUGACGAGAAGAUGUGGGACGAGGGUGGAAAGGAAGACGAUGCGAAGGAGAAGGAAAGCAAGGAUGAUGUUGGUACAGAGAACCAAGAUGAGCAGGUUGCCGCAGAACAGAAAGAGAAGAAAGAAGGCAAACCGGAGGAAGAGGGCGACGAGAACGACGAAGAAGAGAAGAAAGAAGGACAGGAAGGUGAAGAUGAGGAGAUGGAGGGCGAAGAUCAAGAUGAGAAUGUUGCUGCUGGGGAAUCUGAGCAGAUGGACCCUCAUGCCAAAGAAGAGGAGACGCUUGACCUGCCUGAGGAUCUCAAUAUUGACGGUCAGGACGAGGACGGUAAAGAAGAUGAUGUCGCUGAUAUGGACAUGGGCGAUGAUCUGCCAGAAGAUGAGAUAGAUUCCGAACUGGAUCCUGGAGGCCCUGAUACCGUCGACGAGGAUAUCGGGCCUGAACAAGAGGGCGAGGAAGAGAAAGAUACUACCGGUCACAUCGAGGAUGACCAGAAGGAAGGGGAGGAAGAAGAGGAAGAGGCUGAAGAGCCGAUGGAAGACGACGCUGUUCCUAUGCCGGAUGACAAUAUUCCUGAUGAACCUCGCGAUACGAAAGACACUGACCAGAAAGAUCAGAAUGCAGACGCUGGAGGUGGUACAGAAGCUAAUGAAGAAGCACACAAAGACAAGAAGGAGCAAGCCUCAGCUAGUGCUGCCAAUCAGGAUGAAGGACAAGAAGGCGAAUUUCCCGAGCAGCAGCAAGACACUGCUGAUGCCGAUGGGCAGCUUGGUCAAAAAGCAGCACCCGAUGCUGGCGGACGUGGCGAACAGCCGGAAGAGACCCGCGAGACUCAGUCUUUCAAGAAGCUAGGAGAUGUUUUAGAAAAGUGGUACAACCAGCAAAAGCAAAUCUCUGAAGCUCAGGAAAAAGAGGAGACGCAGGUCCAGCAGAUUGACAAGGAAGUCGACAUGGCUGAUGCGGACUUUGAGCAUCUCAAUGAUGAGGAAGCCCAGGCGGAUACCCAGGCUCUGGGGACUGCUACUGAAGAGCAGGCCAAGGCACUAGAUCACGACAUGGCGAUGCCAGUCAAUGAGGACGAGGAGAAGAUGCCCAGCCGACCUGAAGACGACGAGCAAAUGAGUGCGGACAAGGACGUUGAAAUGGCAGACGCAGAGCCAGAAGAUGCACCACAGCCCGAAGAGCAGCAACAGCAGUCUAAUGCCAUGGAAGGUCAGCCCCAAGCCUUCAUCGGUGAGCAAAAGGAUCUACCAGACAAUCAAGACCAAGAAAUGAUGGAUGCCGUGGCCGAAGAUGAUGAUGCAUCCUCUACUUCCUCAGUCCACGAAGUAGAGACACAGCUCGAGCUCACCCACCUCGAUGUUUCACCCAUGACGCCAGACUCGGCCCGCGCACUCUGGUUCUCUCAUGAAGCAGCUACCCACUCGCUUUCCCAACAAUUAACUGAGCAUCUUCGCCUCAUCCUCGCGCCGACCCUUGCCACCAAACUCCGUGGUGAUUUCCGCACGGGUAAGCGGCUCAACUUGAAGCGCAUCAUCCCAUAUAUCGCCUCGGGCUACAAGCGUGAUAAGAUCUGGCUCCGUCGCAGCCAGCCAUCCAAGCGAAGCUACCAAGUCAUGAUCGCGCUCGACGACUCGAAAUCAAUGGCUGAAAGCGGGGCGAGCAAUUUGGCACUCAAGACCAUGACACUAGUCACCAAAUCCCUCUCCAUGCUCGAAGUCGGCGAAGUCUCCGUCGUGGGCUUUGGCGACGGCGUCAAUGUUGCCCACGACUUCGACAAGCCCUUUACCUCUGAAGCCGGUGUCCGCGUAUUUGAGCAAUUCGGGUUCGGGGCGGCAAAGACGAAUGUGCGCGGUCUCGUGGACAAGAGUCUCGAGUUGUUUGCCGAAGCCAGACGGACGGGAAAUCAUGGCGCGGGCGAGGAUCUGUGGCAGUUUAUGCUGAUUGUCAGUGACGGUAUUUGCGAUUCUCACGCUGAGAUUCAGAGAUUGGUGAGGAAGGCGCAGGAGGAAAGAGUGAUGAUUGUGUUUGUCAUUAUUGACUCGAGUGCCACGACGACGACGGCUGCGCCUGCGUCAGCCACAGCAGUACCAGCCAUGCCUCGCCCAUCCAAUGAGGUGACUGUAUCCCAACCUGUUGCACCCAGGGAGAUGGACAAGACGAGUAUUCUGGACUUGCAAUCGGUGGAAAUCACGGCAGAGGGCAAGGUGGUGAGGUGGAAGUACAUGGAGAGGUUUCCGUUUAGGUAUUAUAUUGUUGUAAGGGAUGUUCGAGAACUGCCUGGCGUGCUCGCAGGGGCAUUGAGGCAGUGGUUUGGAGAGGUUGCGGGCAGUGUUUAG